GGCGGGGCGCGGCGGGCAGCUCGGCCCGCGCCCGGGUAGCCGCCGCCACCGCCGCGCCCGUCGGGGCUCGCAGCGCGCCGCUGCCGGGGCGCCCGUCCCGGGCGGCCGCGGGCAUGGAGCUCUGGCCGUGGCUGAGCGCGGCGCUGCUGCUGCUGCUGCUGCUGGUGCAGCUGAGCCGCACGGCCAAGUUCUACGCCAAGAUCAGCCUGUACUGCGCGCUCUGCUUGUCCGCCUCGGCGCUGGCCUCGGCCGUCUGCCUGCUGCGCCACGGCGGCCGGACCGUGGAGAACAUGAGCAUCAUCAGCUGGUUCGUGCGGACCUUCAAAUACGCCUACGGCAUUCGCUUCAAGGUCAAAGGCCGCGUGAAGCUGGAGCUGGAGCAGUCAUGUGUCAUCAUCUCCAACCAUCAGAGCAUCCUGGACAUGAUGGGCCUCAUGGAGAUCCUCCCCAAGCGCUGCGUGCAGGUCGCCAAGCGGGAGCUGCUGUUCAUGGGGCCCGUGGGCCUCAUCAUGUACCUGGGGGGCGUCAUCUUCAUCAACCGGCAGCGCUCCAGCACCGCCAUGAGUGUGAUGGCCGACUUGGGCAACCGCAUGGUCAGAGAGAACCUCAAGGUGUGGAUCUACCCCGAGGGCACGCGCAACAGCAGCGGGGACCUGCUCCCUUUCAAGAAGGGCGCCUUCUACCUGGCCAUCCAGGCCCAGGUGUGCAGCCAGCGGCCCCCCGGGGGUACCCAUCAUCCCCGUGGUGUACUCCUCCUUCACCUCCUUCUACGACACCGAGACAAAGCUUUUCACCUCAGGAAUAAUCCAAGUGGAGGUGCUGGAUGCCAUCCCCACCAGGGGCCUCACUGUGACCGACGUCCCCGAGCUCAUGGACACAUGCCGCCAGGCCAUGCGGAAGGCCUUCUUCAAAAUGUCCAAGGGGCUCCAGGAGAACGGGGCCGCAGAGGGGCCCAGCGCCCAGCCAGCCCAGUAGCCGAGGCCCAAGGCUGGGGGGCAGGACCAUGGACAGACGGGGGCCCCUCCCAGCCUGCCAAAUAUCACUUUGUCCCAGCUCCCUGGCUCCCCCGGCUUUCAUUUGGCCUCAAAGCAGGAGGCCCCUUCCCGCCACGGGCCCUGACCCCAGCCUGCCCCUCGAAGGGCAAGUCGGCUGGGCACCACAGGCUCUGGAAACAGGAACUUGCCCGUCCCUCGUGCCUCCAGGACCCAGGACUGUAGGAGUGGGCCUGGGGCUCCCUGUCCUGAGGCCGAGGGGCUGGGGGCCGGUGAGAGCUGAGGCCCACCCCUGACCCUGCGCGGGGCCCGUCUCCUCUCAUCAGCCCGGGUCCGACCGGCCUGCAUCAGGCUCUCAGGGAGCGGAGAGGCUCUGGGAGGGCCGCACGGCUCCCGCUGUUUCGUGGGGAGCCCCAAAGCCGGGCUGCUGCCCCACAGCCUCGGGGGCUGUGGCCACGGAGCCCGUGCUGCACCGGUUGUUAUUUUUUAUAAAAGACUCUUGGAGA